AUGCAUAUGGUUUAGGCCUAAAACAAACAGUUCGCUCUGUAAUAAUUUUAUAUAUCUAACGUAAACACUUCACUCAAUUUUGGAAGGUCGAUGCUAAAUUAAUUUUGCCGAUUCUAUCGUCCGUAUCAUAUAACGAAUAACACAGAAAUGUGUACAUACUUAAUAAAUUACUGUGUGUAAAGGAGUCCUAAUUUCGUGUACCUAGGUGUGUAUUUACUUGAUCAUGGUUAAAUGGAGAAUUAUCAUAAAUUUAUAUGUAUUUCAUUUGUUAUUUACUAAGUUUUAAACUAAAUUCAACACGGAAGCUCUCCAAAUAUAUAAAAAAGAAAUUUCAAAAAGGGUUCAUGCACUGAUAUCAAGUUGAAAGAGUAAUUAACUUGUUAAAAUUCCAAAGUAUUUAAAAAAUAAAAAUAGAAUCUUUUAAAAUUCGUUUUGCAAGAGUCUGAAAAAGAAACGUGGUUCUAAGCCAUCUUGUUCAUAGAGAGUCGUAAGCAAUCCUUAGGGUAUACCGAUGGUAUCAUUAAUAUCAGACAGAAAGAUAAUAGAAUGGGAAGAACAAGCAAAAUGAAUACUUAUUUAAUAAUGAUACUGAAAAUGCAGCCAUUCAGCAUGUGUAAGUCUCACGCCAGCCCAGUGCUGAAUUUCCGUGGCAACCUCAGGUUUUGAGAGCACUACUAUGCCAAUUUUAUAAUAGUAAUUAAAUAUAUAUACCAUAAAUAUUAUAAUAUGUAUAACCAAUACAUCUACAACCAUUCAUGUGUAACCUGUGAAAGUUAAUAAUAUUUUAUUUGUUCUAGGCCUAUUUAUUAUGGACUCCAGUUUUAGUAGACAUGGUAAUUUCUUACUGUUGGCGAUUGCAGUUUUCCUGUCCUUUAUAAAUAUGGCAUCCAGCAUCGACUGUUUCAAAUGCGUAUCGAUGAACGGCCGAUUCCCAGCUUGCGACGACCCAUUCCACAAUAACCACUCUCUACAGAUGCUCGAGUCGCCCUGCAUGGGCGGCAGGAAAGGAAGAGAUGGCUUAUUCCCGGCGACCUCCUGCAUUAAGAUCGCUGGUGUCUUCGAUGAUACUGGAGAGACAAUCACAGUCCGAGGCUGUGGACUAGACUCAGGCACAGCAACCACUGACACGGAAAUCAUCAGAAUGUCCCACUGUGGCCGAUUCUAUUAUGACGACAGAUAUGUCCACGGUUGUCUACAAAGCUGCAACGAUGCUGACGCCUGCAACUCGUCUCGUAAAAUGCGUUCCACAUCACUUCUCUCGCUUAUAACAUUUACACUGAUGGCGCUUGUUUGCAAAAGCUAACAGAGAUUUGGCGGGAAAUGUAGUGUUACCAACGCGCUUGCUGAAGUAAUCUAAUUUUUCAAUUAUAAAUUAUCACGAAUCGACCGUCAAAUACGCUUUAUAUAAAUAAAUUAUCCUUUAACUCUUUAACGCACUGGUAAAAGUUAAAAUAUUAUCAGCAUAACAAUUAUGUUAUCAAGUUUAUUGAUAGAAAAAGCUUUCGCGCCAAAAUCAAUUAAAAAGAAUGAAAAUAUAUCAUACUUUGAUAUCUUCAUUGACAUGAAUAGAGAAAAAUGUCUACUAUUAAGUUAACGUUAAGAGUGCACCUGACGCUGGAAUAUAAUUACAUUUCCAACUCUUGUUCCGCAUCCAUAAUGAUGAAGAACCUAUGCCUCCGACAAAGAAAUAAGAUAAUAUGCGUGGAGAUUAGAAAGAAAGCGACACAAAGAUAAUUUUUAUUUAUUUACUUACUUCAAAACAAUUACGAUUAAGUAUUGUAAUAAUAUAAUUAUCGUAUUUUCUUUUAAUGAAAAAACUUAAUCGACAUAAUAAGCAAGAGGGCACAAUAAGAUUAUAGUUAUAUAAGAAAUAAACAUAUCGCACUAAGUAUUUUAUUAUUAAUCUUGAUGUUUUAAAAUGUUUCGUACACAACAUCGCUUAUUUUCAUACUCUUGAUUUUUCAAAUCUUUAUGGUC